UUUGCCAGGCUCUCAGGUCAUCCAUUUGCUCGCUCUAGUCACUCUGUGUAGCCAUAAAAUCGAAUUAAACCUCUGUCAAAAUGGAGGCCAUCAAAAAGAAGAUGCUUAUGCUAAAGUUGGACAAGGAGAAUGCACUGGACCAGGCUGAACAAGCUGAAGCAGACAAGAAGGCGGCCGAAGACAGAAGCAAGCAGCAUGAAGAUGAACUUCUGCAAAUGCAAAAGAAGCUGAAGGGGACAGAGGACGAGCUUGAUAAAUAUUCUGAGGCCCUGAAGGAUGCUCAGGAGAAGCUUGAGGUGGCCGAUAAGAAGGCUGCUGAUGCUGAAGCAGAAGUAGCUUCCCUAAACAGACGUAUCCAGCUAGUGGAGGAGGAGUUGGACCGAGCUCAGGAGAGACUGGCAACGGCUCUGCAGAAGCUGGAGGAGGCUGAGAAGGCAGCUGAUGAGAGUGAGAGAGGUAUGAAGGUGAUCGAGAACAGGGCUCUAAAGGAUGAAGAGAAGAUGGAGCUACAGGAGAUUCAACUUAAGGAGGCUAAACACAUCGCUGAGGAGGCAGACCGCAAGUAUGAGGAGGUGGCUCGGAAGCUGGUGAUUGUAGAAGGAGAGCUGGAGCGUACAGAGGAGAGGGCAGAGCUGGCUGAGGCUAAAUGUGCUGAACUGGAGGAAGAACUGAAGAACGUCACCAAUAACCUGAAGUCUCUGGAGGCCCAGGCUGAAAAGUACUCUCAAAAGGAGGACAAGUAUGAAGAAGAGAUCAAGAUAUUGACUGACAAGCUGAAAGAGGCUGAGACCAGAGCUGAGUUUGCUGAGAGAUCUGUGGCCAAGCUGGAAAAGACUAUUGAUGAUCUGGAAGAUGAGCUUUAUGCACAGAAACUCAAGUACAAAGCCAUCAGUGAGGAACUGGACCACGCCCUCAAUGACAUGACCUCCAUCUAAACGUCCAGAAGCUCAAACAUCCUGUCAGGUUGUGGGUUCAAGACUCUGCCUUUUGCUGCUGAACAUCAUGUCUUGGCUCAACUUCUUUCUCUGUCCCUCCCCAUCUUCCCUCCAGUUUAUUCUGUCUCAGUGCAUCUGCUGAACGUGCUUCUUUUCAAUCACCAUUGUUCACUGUAUGUUUUCUGUUUAAGGACACUUUGUCUAAUUUCGCUUUACUUCUGUAUCAACUUUGUUCUGUACCAGUGUUAAACAAUGGAGGGGAGAAAUGCUUAAGUUAAUGCAUCUGUGUCUAUGGCUGUUUGUGGCUAUUUUACCAUUAAAAAAGCACUUUAACAGUAGUUUAAAGUAUUCAGUCCUUACAGAAUCUUGCAGAUUUUUAUGUGAUUAUUGAAGCCCCAAAUGACUGAAAUUGCUGCAGCUUUUGAGACAACACACACACACACACUGAUGUACAGCAUCAGGAGCAAAUUGGCAUUCAGUAUCUUGCCCAAGGAUGCUUCGACAUGUAGGCUGCCAAGGCCAGGGAUUGAACCACCGCAAAUUGUUUGAUGAGCUUGUCCCAAUGUACAAUAAAUUCCUGUGAGU